AUGGAUUACAGCGCCCACGAUCCGGACCUUCCCGGUGGCAGCGACCCAUGGGCCUCUUCACCAAAAGCUAAUCGAACGUCGUAUGGCCAACCUCCCACGAGCGAUAUCCCCUCCUCCCCGCUGCCGCCCCAGGCCUCCCCGUACCGCGAAGGUUCCGAGCAAUACGGGUACAUGGGCGACCAGGAUGCGCAGAAUCGCCCGGGUACUGCGAGCGAAAACGGAGAAAACGGGCAGCAGAGCCAGGUAGCCGCUGGCGGGCAAGGUCAAGAUGCGCCGCAACAGCAGCAGCAGCAGCAGCAGCAGCAAGGGCAGCAACAAGCCCCGCAGCAGGGACAUCAGCCGCAAAGAUAUCACGGGACCAGGCAGCAGAGGCCGCAACAGCAUUACAAGCUCCAGGCCAAGGUUACGGGCCUGGAGAGGAAUAGCAAGAAGGACCCAAUACUGCGCUUCGAUGUUUAUACCAAUCUCCCCAAGUUUCGAACCACCCAAUUCCGCGACGUCCGACGGUUACACUCUGAAUUUGUCAAGUUGGGCGAGCACCUCAUCUCGGCAUGUCCGGAAGCCAUAGUGCCUGCGGUACCCCCAGCGACUACCUCUGCAGGUGCAGGCACCGAUGAAGACGAAACGCGCCUCAAGACGUCGCUACAGCGAUGGCUGAACAUUGCUUGCAGCAAUGAUAUCUUGAUCCGCGACGAAGAAAUGGUCUUCUUCGUCGAGAGUGAUUUUGGAUAUAGCCCGGUGGUGCGAAGGAAACAGCCCGCGACUGGUGUGCGCCGCAAAGUGAUCAAGCAGUUUGCGCCGCCACCGGACGACACGCCUGAGCUCGCUGCAGCUCGACCCAUCGUGAAAGCUUUCUACCUAGGGACUAUGGAAGCAGAACAAAAGCUCGAGAAAGUCGUUAAGAAUAGGAGGAAUCUUGGCGUAGCCGAAUCCGACCUGGGUGCGAAAUUCGCAGCAUUACACGUCCAAGAAACACAUCAGGGUCUUUCUCUAGCAUACAAGAAGCUCGGAAAGGUCAUUCAGGCAACGGGCGACUUUCACGCAGCUCAGGGUACGGCUGAGGCAACCACAUUGGGUGACCCUCUUCAGUACCACAGCAGCGACGCUUUCAUCGCGAAAGAGACGCUCACGAACCGUCACAUCUUAUUACGCGAAUUGCUACAAGCACAGACGGCCACCAAAUCCAAGUUAUCUGCCGCCGAUCGACUAAAGGCCAGCUCCAGCGUGAAGCGAGACAAGGUCGAUGAAGCUAUCGCUGCAUUGGACGAGGCUAGGAGUCACGAACAGUACCUGACAUCAAAAGCACAACGUGUGACGGCGAACCUGCUCCAGGAACAAAAGAAGUGGUUCAGUCGGACUACACAUGACAUGCGACAAGCGGUCAGAGAAUACGUCAUUCGAGAAAUCGAAGCAGAGCGUCGCACACUCGCAACGUUAGAAUCUGUCCGACCCGACAUCCGCGCUAUCGACGGAAGUGGCGGUCUCUCUCGACUAGGCCGAGAAGCGCAUCCCGCCCAACGUCGCGCAUCGCUCGCAAGCUCGCAAGGGCCAAAGGGCGAUGCAUGGUCCGGCGUCCCGAGACGACCAGGUGACGGGCUCAACCGGAGCGUCAGUGGUAGUAUCGUUGGCCCGCUGCCUGAGGAGGACGAGAACGAAGAGGAGACUAUUCAUGGAAGGAAGCGGGCAACGAGCAAGACUGGGAGCCAGAAGGAUGUCGAGGAGGAUGAGGACCGCAUCGAUGCGAGGAACGCCGCAAGCAGGCUGGCUACUACGACCUUCUAG